AUGUCUCGUGGAUACAAAGCUACGCCGCAGUACCAGCGAUACCUCAAUCUGGGGGAGCGGCUGCCCGACGCCCUCGUCCCCGAGUUGAAAUACAAUGCCUACCUGGAUUAUGUCAAUGGCCAAGUGCCUGAGUGGACGCCUCGCAAACCCGCGCGACGAGGCGCAACUCCUCCUGAAGCAAUUCCCAUUCCCGACCUCGCGCCCCCGACCGCUGCCAGCAUCGCCGCCGCCGCCGCUGCCACUGCUCGUGCUGAUGCUCUGGUCGCUGCCGCCACUGCACAAGCAGCAACAACAGCUACUCUCGAAGACACGAUGAGACAGAACACUGCUGGCUAUCCCUCCUCGGAUACUUCGAUGGAUUCUGAAUCGCCGGUUCCCUCGACCUCUGUCUCGAUGGCCUCCUCGCCCACCGCCUCGCGUCAUGAUGACAGCGACGAUGAUGUGUCGCUUCCCUCUAUCUCGGGCCUCGUUGAAGAGGCUGACCACCGCUCUGCCUCUUCUGACAUGGAGGACGAUGAAAUGUUUGACAUGGAAGAGGUUGGCUUGGAAGAUUUACCUGGUGCAUCGCCAAAUGAUGCACCCUUUGCUACGGAGCCGCCGCGCCAUGAAAAUGGCAAAUUCAAGAUUGCUGAAAUGCGUCGCAUGGCUGGUCUUGACAACGGGUUCGGCUGCCGUCACUGUGCGGCUAUUGAUCGUCAAUGUCCUCCCACUAUUCCUGAUCGGUCUUGUGACAUUUGGGAACUCUUUUACACGUGCGUGUACACGAACGAGUAG